AUGGCACCCAAAGGCAUUGGAGGGUACUAUGCUGUACGAAAAGGAAGAAUACCAGGGAUAUACAAAACCUGGCCUGAGUGUAAAGCGCAGAUAAACGAAUUCCCUGGAGCCGAACAUAAGAAGUUUUCAACUUUGGCAGAGGCAGAGGGUUUUAUAUCGGAAGAUUCACCAUCAUCAAGCAACGCAGAAGCGGGUCCUUCCAAUAUCACGACAAGCCAUGCUCCCGGCGAUUCCACUUCAAAAAAGCGAGAGUUAGACUUUGGUCCACAAGUGGACGAUGUCACUGGUUGGGAUGUUGUUUAUAGUGAUGGUGCUUGCAAAGGCAACGGUAAAGAAGGAUCAUACGCAGGUGUGGGUGUAUGGUGGGGGCAUAACGACCCAAGAAACAUUGCAGAGCGUUGUCCAGGUGACCAGACCAAUAAUCGCGCAGAAUUAAUAGCAAUACUGCGCGUUUUAGAAAGUACACCCCAGACGAAAAAACCUUUGUUGAUUAGAACAGACUCCCAGUAUUCUAUCCAGUGCUUCCGAACCUGGAUCAACACAUGGCGCAACAAUAACUGGAAAAGCUCUACGGGUAGCGAUGUAAAAAACGCCGGAAUCAUACGUUGUAUUUCGGCUCAUCUUGAUCUUCGAGGGAAAAUGGGACAGAAGGUUGUAUUAGAAUACGUCAAAGGGCACAGUGGAGAUAUUGGUAAUGAUGGCGCAGAUUUUAUGGCAAACCAAGGCGCUGUCAAACCUCGAGUCGAUGAACGACCUUGGGAAGCAAUCGAAAAACAACUUCAGCGCAAGUUAAUGGAGAUGCCCAGUGAUCCUCACACUCCUAUCACGAAGUUGACGGUUUUAGCUCCCGAUAAAAUGGUAGAGGGAGAUGAUGCAGACCUGUCCGAAUCUCCGGCCAAAAUGCAAAAACUUUCAUCAACGACAUCAACACCCUCAAAGUCGAUCAAGAGCAAAGGAGCUUCUCUCCAGAGUUCACUGAAAGCUUGCACUCACUCUACAUUGGCUACAAAUCAGACCUCGUCACCUUUCCAUAUUUCGCCUCUGUUUCCUCCCGCCUCUAGUUCUGUUCAGUCGUUCAGUUCCCCAGACAAAGCAAAUAAGGGGAAGCCUGCAUUGCCAUCCCCUCAGAAGAGUGGUCCAACAAAAACCAAAGCUGACCCUCCAUCGUCUAAUCACACGGUCGCACCAUAUCCCCACCUUUCUGGGGCAAAGUCUCCGAUGAAAGUACUUUGUGCCGUGCCCCCUUUAGUUCCAGUCACCACCCAAGAGGUGAACCUUGAUGACUAUGCUGACUGUCUGUUGGAUGACCCUUCUAACGAUUUAUCGGACUGA